AGAAAUCCCCAACUUGUGGGGAGCAAUCCACGAUAGUGGCAACGCUCGAUGGGGCUAAAAUUGACGUUGACAUUAAGACAAGUUUUUAGAGAAGACACAAACUAAACUGGAUUUGAGAGCUCGUAGGUUUGAAACAAAAUACUUUUGUCGUCGUCUUGACGGAGGUGUCGACGUGCAUCGUUUUUCCAUAGUGCCAUCAACGCGUUAAUGAUCUGGAGUGCCAAGUUCCCAUUCUUAGACCAACAUAAUUUCAAGACAAAUUGCCACAAAAAACCAAAGUGGUCAUAUUAACAGCCUGGAGGAACAACAAAUUGUUGUCAUAUCCAACCAUCUGAUGUGCAAGUUUUCAAAAUGGUUUUUCGUUUUCGUUCCUUUUAUGGCAAAAUCAUCACUUUCGCUUUGGUGGCUUUAGUGUUCAUUCUCUACAUAAAGGUAAUCCAUGUGGAAGACCAGGGAAACAGCAGCUUCUCAGAAUUUGAGCACUCGAAGCCGGCAGCGUAUAGACAAAACCAUCACCAACACGACACACGGGGAGACUUCGAUGAAAGCGAGAAUGAAAUUCCACCACCACCUGCCCAGAAACCUAAUACUGCUGACCUGAAUUCUCCCCUUGAAUUGAGCAUUGUUAAAGAUCUGAAGAAGCAAGAACCCGGUUUGGGUGAUAAUGGCGAGGCCGCUUUUCUAGUGGGUGCAGCGAAAAUACGAGGCGAAGAAAUCUACAAAAAAAUCGCCCUAAAUGAGGAGUUAAGUGAACACAUCAGCUACAAUCGCACCUUGGGCGACUCCCGGCAUCCAGGAUGUCUCAACCAGCGUUUUGAUAUAGACACUCUUCCCACAACCAGUAUUAUCAUUAUAUUUUUCAACGAACCCUUCUCCGUCCUUAUGCGCACAGUGCACAGUGCCCUGAACACCUGCAAUGAACGUCUGCUCAAACAAAUUAUUCUUGUGGAUGAUGGGAGUACCAACGUGGAGCUGCAUGACAAAUUGGACUACUAUAUAAGAACCCGAUUGCCAGCCGGAAGAGUUCUUGUUGUGCGAUUGAAAAAUCGUUUGGGACUGAUACGAGCUCGUUUGGCGGGUGCACGUGUCGCUACAGGCGACGUUUUAAUAUUCUUAGACGCACAUUGUGAGGCAAACAUCGGUUGGUGUGAACCUUUAUUGCAACGCAUUAAGGAAUCUAGGACGAGUGUGUUGGUGCCUAUAAUCGAUGUAAUUGAUGCUCAAGACUUUAAAUACAAUACGAACGGUUACAAAUCUUUUCAAGUUGGAGGAUUUCAGUGGAGUGGCCAUUUUGAUUGGAUAUCAGUUUCUGAGAGGGAAAGAGAAAGACAGCAGCGCGAAUGUAAAGAUUCUGUAUUGGAUGUUUGCCCUACAUGGAGUCCCACGAUGGCAGGAGGUCUCUUUGCCAUGGACCGCAGCUAUUUCUGGGAAGUUGGUAGCUAUGAUGAGCAGAUGGAUGGCUGGGGUGGAGAAAAUCUAGAAAUGUCCUUUAGAAUAUGGCAAUGCGGUGGAACCAUUGAAACCAUACCCUGCUCCAGAGUCGGCCAUAUUUUCCGGGAUUUUCAUCCCUACAAGUUUCCUAACAACCGGGACACGCACGGUAUUAACACUGCCCGCAUGGCAUUAGUGUGGAUGGAUGACUACAUAAAUAUAUUCUUUUUGAACCGACCCGAUCUUAAGUUCCAUCCUGACAUAGGCGAUGUCACGCACAGAGUUAUGCUGCGCAAAAAGUUGCGUUGCAAAAGCUUCGACUGGUAUUUGGAAAACAUAUAUCCUGAGAAGUUUGUGCCAAUCAAAAAUGUAAUAGCGUAUGGAAGGGUUCGUUCGCUGCACGCGAACUUAUGUUUGGAUGAUCUGCAACAGAAUAAUGAAAAUCCCUACAACCUGGGCGUAUAUGCGUGCAGCAAAGAAAUCUCCAAAACGCAAUUCUUUUCGCUUACUAACAACAAGGUUUUGCGCAACGAACUGUCUUGCGCGACUGUCCAACAUAGUGACUCGGCUCCAUUCCAAAUUGUAAUGACAAGUUGUUUGGAAGGCGAUGACUACAAUGAAAAGUGGCAAUAUUUAGGCAAUCGCCUGCGACACUUGCGAACCGGACUGUGUUUGGAUCAUCGAGGACUUCAUCAAGGUGAUUAUGUCCAAGUGGCUCCCUGUGACCCGCUCAGCAAAACGCAGCGUUGGACUAUAGAUCACGGCGAAGAUCCUUACUAGUCUUUAGCAUUUAGCAGAUGAUCCCUUUAGAUGCGUAGUGUAAUCAAAAGAGAACUGGAUAUGAUAUAUUUUGCAGUCAAAUGUCCCGAUUGCCAUGUUUUAUAGGGGAAAGAAUCGCAUAUCCAAGAACUAUACCUAAAACCUCCUCACCCAGGAGAUCUUUUGCACUCCCUGCCAAGUAAUAAGUGGAACAACAACGUCAAUCCACAUUCAUUCCAUGUAUUUGCCUCUUUUUUUUUUGUUUUUGUAAAUAUUAGUGUUAAUAUUAAUGAUUAAAAUGUAUGUACAUGUAAAUACUGGUCGUUUCCUAAUGACCCCGUUUUUUUUUAUAAAUCUUUCGAAUAAGCUUUGACGGCAUUUACUUGUAACAACACGUCGCACAUGAUUUCUGUUUUUUUUUUUUUUAAUUUAAACAUUAUUUUAGAUUUAUGUUUGUGAAAUUGCCGGCCAUUUGGGGGGCUUUUUGAAAUCCCAAAAUUGACUCCAUAUGACUAUUGUUUAAGUAAAGAUUACGCCAGAGUAUAAGUGAACUGUCAAUAAUAUUUGCCAUUCCAUUGCAAACUGUGAACUACGGAAGGAUCGCAACGCAUCGCAUCGCAUAUAAAAAUGCUUCCUAUACAUAGUCAUUAGAUAGAAUAUUUUUAAUGAGACACACAAACUUACAAGAAUCGUAACACUAACGAAUGAAACAAAUUAAAGAAAGAAAUAAUUGUAAGCACAUCACAUGAUAGAUAAAACCUUAUAGCAGAUAAUCAAAUGCAAAUCAUACUAUUUUUGUAAGCCGAUGUACUGUCUGUCCCAAGCAUACAUGUAUGGACUACUGCUCUAUAUACACAAAUACAUACAUAUAUUUUAGUAUGCUUUUAUUUUUUUAAACGUAUCCAAGAUAACUAAACGUGCACCGAAAUAAAAUGCUGUUUACGGCAAAUAUUAUAUACAUACAUAUACACAUUUAAAUAAGUAUACAUAGAUGUACUAUGCGACAAGUAUAUUAAGUCUCUACUAUGCAAACCACCUAUUGUGAAUAGGUGUGAAUCUUGAAUCUCGAUUAUUUGUCAAUUGUACCCCUAAAUAGUAAUGUAAUUUUUAUAUACUCUCAUAUCAUAAAUAGAAAAUAAGCUAAGCAACUUGAUGACUAAAUAUUGAAUAAAUUAAUUUAUUUGCAAAACAAAA